AUGUAAAUAUAAUAAAUCUAAAAUAAAACAAAGAUAUAUUUAUUCGGUAAGUUAUUAUUUUUAACAAAUGAUCCAUAUUCAACAAUAUAAUAUCUAAGAUAAGGAAGAUUUCAAGGUAAAAUUCCUAGAUAUGUUACUUUCGAAGUUUAAGGAUAAUGGAAUGAAAUUUUAAUUUAUGGAGAUAGUGGAAGAAUGAUAAGACCUUUAUUUGUAAUUGAAACUAAAGAUUAAAAUAAUUAAAUAUUCUAAGAAAUAAAAGAUUAAAAUUAAAUAUAUGAUUAAUUAAUUGUUAAAAAGAAAAUAUAAACUUGGGAAUAAUUUUUAUCUGAAUUUCCUUAAAGUAUAGAAUGGUGCGAUAUUUAAGAAAUAAGUAAUAAAUUAGUUUCACCAAGUGCUCAAAUAUUAGAAUAUAAUAACUUUUUAAGAAAUAGUAGAAUUAAUGGAUAAUAAAAAAAUAUAUCAUUAUAAGAAAAAAACAGAUAUGUAGGAGUAUAUUUAAAUUUUGAUUUGAUGGAAAUUCAUCCUAUAAAUGUUUUAGGUAUAAAUCCUUCGACUAUUCCUUAUCCUCAUUGUAAUUAUGCACCUAGAAAUAUUUUUGCUUUUGUUCAGAUGAAGAGAAGUGUUUAAAAACCAUAUAGUGAUAAUGAUUUGAGAUCUGAUAUAAAUUAAUAUCUUAUUUUAGGUUCUGCUCCUUUAGUUUAAACAAUGACAACAAAUAUGAUAAAUACAAAUGAAAAGUUUAACGGUACAAAUGUAUGUAUUGCAGUAUUGUAAGAACAUGGAUAUUAACAAGAAGAUUCUAUUACAAUUUCAUCCAGAUUAGCAAAAUCUAUGUAUUUAUAAUGUAAGAAUGGAGAUGUUAAAAAUUUCUAACAUGAUUUAAAUUAUGAAAAAUUAGAUGAAAAUGGAUUAAUUAGAGAAGGUUCAGUUGUAAGAAAAGGUGAUAUUGUUAUAGGUAAAAUAUUAAUUUUAAAUCAAGAAGAUUAAAUAAUUGAUAGGUCUAUAAAGUUUGAAUAUGAAGAAGGAAUAAUUUUAAAAGUGAAAUAAAUUAAUGUUGAUGGAUAAUAAAAAAUUAUAAUAAGAUUUAUUAUUCCAUUAUAUCCUUAAAUUGGUGAUAAAUAUGCUGCAAGAUGCGGAUAGAAGGGAACAAUUGGAACAAUUAGAGAUGAAAAUUAAAUGCCAUAUACAAAUGAUGGUACACCAAUUGAUAUUAUAAUUAAUCCUUGUUCAUUUUCAACCAGAAUGACAAUAGGUAUGAAUAUUGAAUAAUAUACUUCUUAUCUUGUGUUAUUAACUGGAUUGUUUUUGGAUUCUUCAAUGUUUUGCGAUAAAAAGAUUUAUUAUCCUUUAACUGGAGAAUUUAUUGGAUAUGCUCAAGUUGGAUUUGUAUUUUAUGCUGCUCAAGAAUAGAAAGCGUUUAGUAAACUUUAUGCUGUAGGAUUUAAUGAAGCUUAUAGAAACUAAGUAUUUUAACCUAGAGAUGGUGCAAAGAAUAAUGGAGGUUCGAGAUUGGGUGAAAUGGAAAUGGCUGCAUUUUUAUCUGCAGGUACAACAAAUGUAAUAAAAUAAUUCGCAUGGUAGCACUCAGAUGGUUUUGUUGUUGAUAUAUGUUCUCAUUGUGGUUUAUAUGCGCAUAGAGAUUAGAAUUAAUAAAAAUAUUAUUGUAAAAAUUGUAACGGUAAAAGUGAAGUUGUUAAAACAUAAAUAUAAUAUUCAUCGAAACACUUUAAGGAUUUAUUGAAUUCUUUGGGUAUGUCUAUUUAUUUCAAACCAAAAUAGAAUAUAUGA